GGACUUUAUUCGCUUCAUUCAGUGCGUGAUCCUUAGUCUGUCAUACGUGCGAGCACCUCCUUAACCAGCUUUGAAGCAUCUCUGUGGAUUUUUUUUCUCCUCGUCAACGUCAAUCAGUGACAAACAAAACGUGUUGUGUGAUCGCGAAGUGUCGAGAUCUCUUCUCGUACGAGAUUAAAAACGAGAUUCGCAUCAUUUCGACAUUUUUUUUUUUUAAAUCGGUAUAUUAGCGGAAUUUGAAAACGUUGACAUAAAUAUAUACAUUUUCUACAUAAAAAUUUCACGCCGAGAGAGAAAAUGAAGAAAUCCGAACGUAUUUAAAAUAUUUAUAAUUUAUAUGGAAAUACUCUACUCAGGCGGGAUUUUCAAACGACGCGACACUUAUCCAACAUUUAUAGAUUUGUCUAUUGAGCGUAUUUGUCUAUUGAAUACUUGAAAAGUUACGGGUAUCGCAGACUAUUAUAUAAAGAAACGACUUUCUACAAUUAUUGUCUUUUUUACGGCGCCCGAGGUUGGUUUAUUUGCUAAACCAUUACAGUCUCGAGAGCGAAUUUGCACGUGGUUACUCGUGAAAAUCAGCAGCCUCAGUGAAGCGCGCGAUUCCCCGAAUUUCUGUGCAUCGAAUCGGCAUUUCCCGCAUUCGCGUAUUUCUCUUCAAGCAUGCUCGAGAAUUCAAUUGAGUAAACACUCAUUACAACGAUAUUACCAUAUCUCCUCUUCCUCCUGCCUCCCUCGGAGGAAUUUCAUCGAAUGCUAAGAUGACGAUAUCCAAAGAACUUAACGACGGAAAUCGAUGAGAGUUUGAUCUCCCAAGUAAAAAAAUAAAAAAUCUAGUCGAUCGUUUUCCAAAGCGAAAGUGAAAAUUUUGCAUAACGGUAACAUCUUUAAUAAUAAACGAGGGCAACAUGACGCAUCCAUUUAGUUAUCUUCUCGCGAUCCUGCUUGUCACUCGAGCAGUGCUCGCGGAAAAGGAAUCGAACAUCCUGAAGCUGAGCAAACCGCAGAAGCUUGCCUCGAUCGGCAGCAAGUCAAACAAUGCAACGGACGAGAAAAAUGAAUCGAGGAAACCCUUAAUUGCCUUCAGCAAGAACAAUCCAGAGCUGGAUUGGAAGAACUACUUGAAAAUGUUCGACGGGAACGAUAAGGAGCAUCGGGACCUCGAUAUCGAUUUCAUGAAAGAGAAACUCGAAAAAACGGCGAACAGCAUACAGUGGCUAGCCGAUCUUUAUGAUCCUCUCAGGUGGGCCAGAGUGCCUGGGAAACUUCAGGGCGAAUGUCGAAGGGACAUGGAAAGGUUCCUGGACGCGCUGAGAGAUGGGAAGAUCUGGGCCGCGAAGAUGUCUGACGCGAGCGGACGUUACUCUUCACAAUUCCAUUUCGGCAAUGGGUUCUGGUUGGGCUCGAGCACUCUUUGCAAAGAGCUUGAUGUCACCGGCAGGAAAAGCGUAAGGGCGGACGAUGACGACGAUCCGCCCUUUUCUCUUAAAUUUCACGUUGCGAGGUUUUACUUAAAUCUCCCGAAAGAAGUCGAUUUUUCGACACGUCAGGUGUUUUUGGGUCUCUGCCUACCGGGUACGUGUGAUCGCGCAUCUCUGACCUCGAUGCUAAGGGCCAGCGCUGAUAGGGUCGAACGCGAGGGCAAUUCGACCUAUCGAUCGAGCGGCCCGAAGAUUCACGUUGUUGCGGUAAAGCCCGUGCCAUCAAGCAAUUACUGUGCCUGGCGGGAUCCCAAAUUUUACGUGCUCUCAGCCAUUGGCGGCGCGAUAUUGAUCUUGAUGAUCUGCGCGACAGUGUAUGAAUACAGAUCGUUUCCCCCAGUCGGGGACAUUGAGUCCUCGAGCGUGUCGAAUAACAACGACAAGACCAAUGAUUUUGUGGAUAAGAAUCUAAAUCAAGACCGCAGAAUCUCGAUGGGACAAGAGAACGGUCAAGAGCUGAUCGAAAAGGGGACAAAGAAUCCGCAAAAAGAGAACCCUAUUCAAGGAAAAAAUGACAACGAAGGAUUCUGGCUCAGGUGCUUGCUCGCGUUUAGCCCCACCGCCAACGGAAGCAAGAUUAUUAGCACCGAACCUGCGGCCAAGGAUAGUCUGACUUGUCUCCACGGUCUUCGGGUAUUCUCGUUGGGCUGGGUCGUCAUGGUGCAUACGUAUCUCCAGGUCUUUUCUAUCGCGGAGAACAAGACACUGCGAACAGUCACAGAGAGGAAUUUCAUGUUCCAGACCAUCAGCAACGCGACAUUCUCCGUGGACACUUUCUUUUUUCUUUGUCUCGCGAGCAGCGGUUUAUUAGUGACUAUACUGUUCUAUCGAUCCCUGGGUAAUCUGAAUACGGAGAAGGGCAACUUCUUCAAGUCAAGUUCCAUCAAAUUCGUGAUCAUGAUUCUCUAUCGAUUCGUUAGAUUGACACCGGCUUAUCUCUUUGUGCUGGGAAUGAACGAGAUCGCCAUAAAGCACGCUCAAGCGAAGACAGUCUUUUCACCUGUUAUUAUCGAUCAUCUGACCUGUGAGAAAUUCUGGUGGCGAAACGCGCUGUAUUUGAACUCUCUGUACCCGCGCACGGAAAUGUGCAUGCUGUGGAGCUGGUAUAUGGCCAACGACACGCAAUUCUACGUCCUUGGGAUACUUCUUCUUUUGCUCUCUGUGAAAUAUUUCAAGACCGCGGUCGCUAUCGUUUCCCUUUUGAUCGCCUCUUCGUGGUUCACUACAUUCUCCGUAGCCUACAGCAACGAUUACAUAGCCAGGAUCCAAGAGCCGUUUGCCCUCUUCGAUGAGCUCUACGACAAACCCUGGUUAAGAGCGGGCCCAUAUUUCGUCGGCACGAUCACUGGAUAUAUUCUCUUCAAAACGAAAUGUCAAUUAAAAUUACCCACGGGAGUGGAGUUAAUCGGCUGGGUACUAUCAGCAAUGAUCAUGUUUUCGGUCGUGUACGGAUUGUAUCCCGGAAAUUUGACGGUGCUGGUGAGCUCCGUAUAUGCGGCCUUGGCUCACACGGCGUGGGCGAUGGCCGUGGCUUUUAUCGUGAUCCAAUGUUGCACAGGAUCAGCACGAAUGAUCGACAGUUUGCUUUCCCUAAGACUAACGUAUCCACUCUCGAGGCUCACAUACUGCGCUUAUCUGGUGCACCCAGUUAUUAUGAUGAUCACGAGUACACAGAUGGAUGGACCGCUACAUCUCCACAAUGGGAUUGUCCUCAUCGUUUAUUUCGGUAACCUGGUAGCCUCAUAUCUGCUAUCAUUCUGUAUUUCCCUCGCUUUCGAGGCACCAGUGGUAAAUUUAUUGAAAAUAGCAUUCAGCUCGAAGAAGAGAGUAAGAUAGAAUGUGAUCGUUCAUUCGAUAAAAGAACAAAUGCGAUUAUCCAACGUGAUAACGACAUUGUUCUGAAUUUGAAGCUCAAUUAGAAGAUGAGAAUUAUUGAGUAUUAUUUCUCUAGGAUGUAUUCAUGAUGAUAAAUCGCAAAUAUUUGAUAGUUUUUAAUAAUAAUGUAAUGUGAAAAGUCGAUAAUAAUUUAUCUAAAGUAAGGCUUAGCUCCCCUUAAAAUCUUUCUUUCCCACAGAAAUUGCUCAUAAAUCAAUUUAUUAUUAUUAAUAAGAGAAGAAGAAACGAGGGCAAAAUAAUACAAAACAACUUCUCUAAAUAUGGCAAUCAAUCAUCGCAGAAAUAGAACAAUGCAGUCAAUAUAAAAAGAUUCAUUAGAAAUUAAAAAUAACCGAGAGAUAAUAAAUCUCUCUCGGUUUUGAAAGAAAAUUCUCGAUUUCGAGGACCAUUUUAUGAUUGUGAUUCUUUACAGAAGCAACACAGAGUUGAAAUGGCUCAAUACGCGAAUUUUUUAUCCAAAUCUUGAUAUGAUUACAACUACGAGUUAAAUAGCACAAUUCUGCGAUUAUCAUUUAUUUACAUAAUAGAUAGGAAGACAUUAUCCAUGCCCAACAAAGCGUAUGUCACCGGUUAUGGAAUAUAAAGUCGUAAGAGUGUCAAGAAAAUUCCUUUCGCUUGUCUAUAUGAAUUUCUCAUAUCGCGUGUGAAAAAUCUAGGCGUAAAUAUACAUAUAUGAGAUAAUGUAUAAACAAUAAUGAAGAACGUUCAAGCGGUGCAAGCACAUUGGAGAUAUAUUGUAAUACGUAUGAAGCUUUUAUAAUUUCUUGUGUAAAUAAUAAUAAAGAAAGGCUGACUAUACGGCAACGUUGAAACUGCGCAAUAUUUUUAUCGCACAAUUGUCAACGCAUGGUGAAACAAUGUAUAAUAUAUAUAAUAUCAAAUUCAAUCGGAUGAAAACAACGUAGAAAGAAAUAUGAGUGACAUUCGUUUUAGAAUUUAUGCGAACCAAACAAGAUAACUGACAGUUUAAUAAUUUAAAAAAAAAUGAAAAAUAUGUUACAAACAAUCGAGGAAAUACGAUGGAUAAAUAAAUGAAAUAUAUUACGUUGCUAUCGCGUGUAUUAACAUGGAAGUUUUACACAAAGAGGAGAGAGAGAAAGAAGCUAUUAUUAUUUACACUGAACAAUAUAUACGGUUAUCGGUUUUUUUCACUUUCAUGUUUUGCGAAUACCAUACUGUUAAAUAAUUGAAAUCUAUUUUUAUUGCACCAGCAUUUGAAAUAAUAUUAAAUUUAUUUAAUAAUGUGUGUAACGUGAUACGGAUAUGCCUUUUCACAGUCACAGAGCACACACAAUUUGCCAUUAUAUUCUGUAAUGUCAAACCGAAAGUAAGUCUGCGGGUCUACAUAUCAUUUUAGACUUCUUGGCAUAUCUAGACGGAUACAAGAGCCCGCUUUCCUUUUCUGCCUUCAGCAGUCAUAAAACGGUGUGUGACAUGAAAAGAGGCGCGUGUCGCAAAUUGAUUUUCGAUUUUUAGCAGACAUCAAAUAUAUUGCGUUUAAACGCGUUCAAAUCUGCUGCGGACGGGAAAAUAAUCUUGAAUUUCUUCGAGAACGCAAUUGUCUGUGUCAUCACGAUAAUCUAAUGACAGAUGGCUGAUAACUGAUUUAUAAAUAUGCAAAAAAAACAGAGCUAGAAAACAUACUUGAUAUCUCGCUUGAAAAAUGUUAAAAUAAAUAUAAUAUCUAUAA